AUGCCCAGCCCAGCGCCCCGAGGCCCCCCGCCGCCGGCUCCCGCGGGCUCUCGGGUGCAGACCCCGCGCCCUGGCCGCUCUCCCGGCCGGGUCACGCCCGGCUCCUCCCGACGCCUGGAGUCCUCCUUCUCCGUCGAGGCCCUCCUAGCCCGGCCCGGCCCCCGCGCGCCCGCCGCCUCCCUGCGGUCAGUCUCCGCCUGCGCUGCCCCGGGGCUCUGGCCCGCAGCCCCCCGGCCUCAGGCCCGGCUUGUGCCCUGGGCGCGCCCCGCGGCGUGGCUGCCCGCCUGCCUGAGCGCGGGCCUCUACCAGCCGUGCCCCCCGCCCGCCGUGCGGGGGCUGCGCGGGCCUCACCUCUGCGGCCUCCAGGCUCUCGGUGUCACAGGCUUGGAGCUGGCCCACUGUCCAGGCCUCUGGAGUUCCCCAGACUGGGCCCCAGCUGAGGAUCUUCAGGACACUGAGAGACCCCAAAAGAGGGUUCGAACUAUGUUUAACUUGGAGCAGCUGGAAGAGUUGGAGAAAGUGUUUGCAAAACAGCACAAUCUGGUGGGGAAGAAGAGAGCCCAUUUGGCAGCCCGGCUCAACCUUACAGAGAACCAGGUGAGGGUCUGGUUCCAAAACCGCAGGGUCAAGUAUCAGAAGCAGCAGAGACUGAAACUGCCAACUGUGUCUGCCAUGACUGCAUCCCCCAUCAAGCCCUCUAACAGCUUGGACACCAGCAUGCAAAGAGAAGACGCCAAGUCAGGAGUGGACAACUAA